GAAUUCAUCUCCCACGUUAUGUUGUGGAACGCCGUGAUGACAUUACUUAAAACACAGAGGGUGUGAACUGCCAGCUGUUGUAUAAAAGCAACGAAGCGACCGUAAAAUACACGACAGCCAGAUGAUAAGAAAGCGUCCGUUAGUUAGCCUCCCGUUAGCCCCUUCCAGUCGACACCGCUUCACAUCGCCUGAUGGAAAAGACUCAAAUCACAACGCUGCGCACUAACACCAAACACAUCACAUCAACAACAAAACAUGCAUAAGUUACCCAUAUUCUCCCAUGAAAAAUAUCAUAUCAAGCGAAGAUGUUAAUCAAGAGAUGACAAAGAAAACGUCCAUGUACAAGCUGUAACUGUAACGUAGAACGUCGAGCCUUCCCGCCGCCCGUCGGAAGCCUCGGUGCUCCGGCGGAUCCCUCCGCCUGCGGUAGACGUGAUGAGGCUGGAACGGCCGCCAUUUUGAAUGUCUGCUGUGUUCCCCCUCCGCUGCUGCUCGUAUAAAAAGUCCCCGUCUGGUACCGCCACGGCCGAGAAUGCCCGCUCCGAUCAGACUGCGGGAGCUGAUCCGGACCAUCCGGACAGCCCGUACCCAGGCGGAGGAGCGCGAGAUGAUCCAGAAGGAGUGCGCCGCCAUCCGCUCGUCCUUCAGAGAGGAGGACAACACGUACCGCUGUAGGAAUGUGGCUAAGCUCCUCUAUAUGCACAUGCUGGGCUACCCGGCGCACUUUGGGCAGCUGGAGUGCCUGAAGUUGAUUGCAUCGCAAAAGUUCACCGAUAAGCGAAUAGGCUAUCUGGGAGCCAUGCUGCUGCUGGACGAGAGGCAAGAUGUUCAUCUACUCAUGACAAACUGCAUCAAGAAUGACCUGAACCACAGCACGCAGUACGUGCAGGGCCUGGCCUUGUGCACCCUGGGCUGCAUGGGUUCCUCUGAGAUGUGCCGUGACCUGGCUGGAGAGGUGGAGAAGCUGCUCAAAACAUCCAACUCCUACUUGAGAAAAAAGGCGGCGCUGUGUGCAGUUCAUGUCAUCAGGAAAGUCCCUGAACUGAUGGAAAUGUUCCUUCCAGCCACAAAAAACUUGCUCAGCGAGAAGAACCAUGGUGUUCUCCAUACAUCCGUCGUCCUCCUCACUGAAAUGUGCGAAAGAAGUCCAGAUAUGCUGUCCCAUUUCCGAAAGCUGGUCCCACAGCUGGUGAGGAUCCUGAAGAACCUCAUAAUGUCGGGGUACUCCCCUGAGCACGACGUGUCCGGCAUUAGUGACCCCUUCCUGCAGGUGCGGAUAUUGAGACUUCUGCGGAUUUUAGGACGAAGUGACGAUGACUCGAGUGAAGCGAUGAAUGACAUUCUGGCACAGGUUGCAACUAACACAGAGACCAGUAAAAAUGUAGGCAAUGCGAUCCUCUAUGAGACGGUCCUGACUAUUAUGGACAUCAAGUCAGAGAGCGGGCUGAGGGUAUUGGCUAUCAACAUUCUAGGUCGCUUCCUCUUGAACAAUGACAAAAAUAUUAGAUACGUUGCGUUGACGUCACUACUAAAGACGGUGCAGACGGACCACAAUGCAGUGCAGCGGCAUCGCAGCACCAUCGUGGACUGUCUGAAGGACCUGGAUGUGUCCAUCAAGAGGCGGGCCAUGGAGCUGAGCUUCGCCCUGGUCAACGGGAACAACAUCCGGGGCAUGAUGAAGGAGCUGCUGUACUUCCUGGACUCGUGCGACCCGGAGUUCAAGGCGGACUGUGCCUCAGGAGUCUUCCUCGCUGCAGAGAAGUAUGCACCGUCAAAAAGAUGGCACAUAGACACCAUCAUGAGAGUCCUGACCACGUCCGGGAGCUACGUGCGAGACGACUCCGUCCCCAACCUCAUCCAGCUCAUCACCAACAGUGUGGAGAUGCACGCCUACACCGUGCAGAGACUAUACAAGGCCCUCCUGGACGACAUCUCGCAGCAACCUCUGGUGCAAGUGUCGUCCUGGUGCAUAGGAGAAUACGGAGAUCUGCUGGUGUCCGGUCAGUGUGAAGAGGAGGAGCCCAUCCAGGUGACUGAGGAUGAGGUCCUGGAUGUGCUAGAAGGCCUGCUGGUGUCCAACCUGUCCACCCCCGUCACCAGGGGCUACUCCCUCACGGCCAUCAUGAAGCUGUCCACGCGCUUCAGCAGUGUCAACCGAAUCAAGAAGGUGGUCUCCAUCUAUGGAAGUAGCAUCGAUGUAGAGCUACAGCAGAGAGCCGUGGAGUACAAUGCAAUGUUCAAGAAGUACGACCACAUGAGGCCUGCCCUGCUGGAGCGCAUGCCCAUCAUGGAGAAGUCGUCUUCGAAUGGCCCAACGGAGAUGGUGCAGACCAAUGGGGAGACUGAGCCCUCGGCCCUGGAGUCGAAGCACCCGCCCCCCGUCACCCAGCCAACCAAUCAGGCCAAUGACUUGUUGGACCUCCUCGGGGGCAACGACGUGGGGCCGGUGAUCCAGACUUCCAUGCCCACCAAGCCGGCCUCGUCCGGGGGUGAGCUGCUGGACCUGCUGGGGGACCUCUCUCUGACCGGUGGUCCGACGUCCGCCCCCGUCUCGACCGGGCCCCCCCCCCAGCCCGGCUUCCUUCUGGACGGCCUGUCCUCACAGAACCUGUUCAAUGACAUCAGCGCAGCCGGUAUCCCCUCCAUGACGGCGUACAACAAGAACGGCCUCAAGAUCGAGUUCACGUUCGAGCGAGCCACCCCCAACCCCAACAUCGCGGUCAUCACCAUCCACGCCUCCAACACCACCGACGCAGACAUGACCGAAUUUGUUUUUCAGGCUGCAGUACCAAAGACGUUCCAGCUGCAGCUCCUCUCGCCCAGCAGUAAUGUCGUCCCUGCGCUGAACCAGGGGACCGUCACGCAGGUCAUCAGAGUCCUCAACCCCCAGAAGCAACAGCUCCGCAUGCGGAUCAAGCUGACGUACUCCCACAAGGGCUCGGCGGUGCAGGACCUGGCUGAGGUCAACAACUUCCCCCCCCAGUCCUGGCAGUGACCGGACCCCCCCCCUCCGUAAGCCCUCCUGCUGAGGGACUCUGACAUGAUUCCUCCCUGAACCCCUUCUUUUCUUUCAACGGACCCCCCUGUGACAUCACUGCAGGCCUCUGCCCGAGUCGUAUGGGAACCGGAACAGGAACACGGCGUGGAGACCCCCUAUUGACUAUUAGCAGCUCCUACAGAGUACAUAUCAACUAACCCCGCCCCACACACACACACACGCGCACACGCACUCACACACGCACACACACCCCCCCCUUGUGUUCACUAUGGUACGGCCCGUCCUUCUCCAGUCGCUGUAGAGCAUCGUGUUGCGGCCUAUUUGUGUAAUCGUUUUGUUUUUUUUUAUUUAAGAAAAGAAAUUAUUUAGGUAUUUAAAUUUUUUUUGUGUUUUAAUGAACUUAGAACAUCACUCACAUGAAGCUCAUAGUUUGUGAAGGCAAAGCAAUUUCCCCCAACACAAAUGUUAUCUGCAUUUUCAGCACUUUGCCCCAGCAGCCAUCUGAACGAUUGGUUUGAUUCAUCAUGGUCAUCUUGGGGUACGGUUCGUGAGCCACGUCAACUGGAAGGGUUUUGAAGGUGUAUUGUAGUCCUUAAACAUGUUCUCUUUUAAUGAUCACUUGGCUUCCAAGCAUGUUUUGAGGGGUGUUCAGCUGGGUAGCCCUGGUCCGUUGAGGGGUCGCGUCUCUGGUGGGGGCUCAGCGGGUUGCGGUUGGGCACAUCCACGGCUCUCGGGGCCCAGCUAAAGCCCUUUGUUUGGGUGAAAUCUAUCGUUUUGUGUUCACUUGAUUCAACAUGUAGUUUCUCAGCUCGCUCGGUUUAUACAUUUUGGCGGAGUGGGUAAACCUCUUUGUCAUUGAUACAUGAUAAGUUUCAUUUAUAGAACGGUAAAUUGCUUUAGCCCUUGGACAUCGGUAUAAUGAUUUGCUAAUUUUGCAACUGAACGCUUUUAACGAGCAAAGAGAAUCCGCACAGAAUAUCUGUCGUUGUUUUGCCGGAUUCAGUUUUAUUCUACUUUGCAGAACUUGCCCAUCUCGCAAGUGCAUGUCGAUGAAGUCUGUUAUGAAUGUAGUUAAAUGCACUGAAAGCUUUUUUCUUUCAUAUUCCUUUCCUUCAUUUCGUCUCUUAAGUGAGGCGUCAUCUUCUGGCACUAUGUUUAUAAUAGUAUGGUUAUUUCUGCAGUUCUUUUGACAAUAUUUAUGCCUGAUAUCAAAGUGAUGUGCCUUUCUGACAUGGCUCGAUAACUAUGAAGCUGUUCUGAUGCUCAAAGCCUCUCUUCUGCUCUCUAUUUGGGGUUUUCUGUCCGGGUGAUAAUAAAUUAGGGAACUUGGGCCAAAUUGAUUUAAUAAUUCACUUCACCUAACUAUUUGUUUGUCCUAAUGAACCUGAUGUCAUGAUGACUUUCCUGAGUCUAGUAGUAUAAUCACAAUCACACGGUCACUCACCCGUUAUAUAUAUUAACAAAAAGCUCAGAUAACAUCUUUGAAGUUUUAAAGAUUUGACGGCAUAGCGAUGUCAUAAAAAAUAAAGUUAAGAGUGUAAAUGUCACAUAUUGGCUAGUGCAAGUUAUCUGUUGAGUAAAAAAAUUACGAUUUGUAUGUUCAAGUGUAAAUACUUAACAGAAAUUAAACGCAACCAGAAGUCCACAACUUAGAAUCACUUUUUAGUUUUAAUUUGGAAGAGAUCUAGGUCUUGGAGCGUAAAUCACUCCGUGAGGAGCUGAUGUCACUCUGUAAGGAGCUGGUAUCACUCUGAGGUGGUGCUGGUAUCACUGAGAGGUGCUGGUAUCACUCUUAGUGAUGCUGGUAUCACUCUGUGAGGUGGUGCUGGUAUCACUCUUGAGUGAUGGUAUCACUCUGUGAGAUGCUGGUAUCACUCUGAGUUGGAGCUGGCUUGGUUCUGUCUCGUUCGUUAUUAUUUGGUCCACUUCAGUUCUGAACGGUUCCGACCAUGUUGUUAAAACCUUAACCUUAAUACCUCACUUUGUUUCAUUCGUCUCGUUCGGCCACGCUAAAUGCGCCGCGUGGGGGUCUACACGGGAGUCUCUUGGGGGUCAGAGGUUGAAUCAGCCUGUAAACUUAUAUUCACUAUGCUUCACUAUCUAACUUUUAUGACCAAAUCAGAGAAACUAUUUAGCUUUGGAAAUAUUUUUGAGCUACCAUAUGUGUAUAUGAGAAGAUUAUUAGAUUCAGUUGGACUUUUUCUUUAUUGUUGAUAAAUGCUAUAUUGGCUUUUCUUUCUGUACAUAUUGAGGGCUUUUACAAUUGUCUCUUCUUCUAUCGUUCAUCCUUUUUUUAGAUCAACCAUUUUCUAAAGCUUCCAGUUCUUCACGUUGUAUAUUCGUUGGGUAGAUAGUCAAACAUAUGGCCUCAAAGCUCUGUGUAUCAUCAACAUUUAUGUCAAAGAAAAGAUAUGCUGCCUGUACAUUGUAUAUAAUUGUAAAACACAACAAAAAGCUAAUCAAAUGAAAUUAAUCCCAUGUGAAAAUUUACAAAGAUUAGCUAGGGACUAUAAUUCUAUACAUACGUUAAAAAAAAGAAAAAAAAAGUCAAAAUAUCUCGAAGAUGCAAAUGAGCGGCAUUUGCUAUGCUCACAUUUCAUUGGUUGGUCAUCUUUUUACUUCCUUUGCUCAGUUGGAGGGGCGAGUGGUUGCUUGUUAAUGAAGGUUGGGGUGCGUCUGAGGUGAUCUAGUCUUGAGUGAUGCUGUGUACUGUACUACUGAGAAAGCUGAGCCCGGCUCCUUACAGAAGAAGCACAUUGACCCUUCCCCCAUUGAGAGUCGUUCCUUUGACCAGGACACGGCUUGGGUCCGCCCGGUCGGAACUGUCCUCUGGCCUUAUGCGUUGUGUGCAUUUAAUCGCUUGCACUCUGGAAUUAUUGAUUCUAAUUAAUACUAUCUGACCUACAAAUUACUUAAUAAAUGGUUGACCUACACCUGUACUACAUAGUUUUUAUUAACAAAUUAUUCUGAUUGGCCCCCGGUGAUGCUGCCUAUCUGUGCCCCCCCCCCCUUUUCUGGUUGUUUCAUUCAUAUUUAAAUUUUUUUAUUACAUUUUCAGCUACAUUUGGAAGCAUUUUUACAGUUCGCAAGUUAAGGUUCAAAGCUGUCAAUCGAAAAAGAUGAAUUGUUUAACAUUCAAUAACAACUCGACACAGACUUUGCUUCUAUUCACUAUUUUCCUUACAUUACAGAUGCUUCUAUUGGCCAUAUGCAUGUGGCCUGAGUUUGGCAUUCUUCUUAAUUUGGAUUUAUCGAUACUGUUGAGAUUGCAAGAUAUAGUGACUUCAUCUUAAUGUUGACAGUCAGUCGACGAUUUGUAAAGAUUUUUUUUUAUUGAAGUUAUGUCACUGCUGUUUAACCUUAAACUUCUAAGGUGAACAUGCAUGCAACUGCUAGUAGUAUCCACAAGGGGGCGCUGUUUAUAAGUGAGAGCUUUCAGGGUGGGGAAAAACGGUUAGUUUUUCGUUUGUACUGCCCGGAUUUUCACUAGUAUGUCAAAAUGAACGUUCAUGUACAUGUUCAUCAACACAGUGAUCCAUACUUUUUGAAUGUGCAAUUCAAUAAAAAAAAAGUGGACAUGUAACUUCAAGAGAGGGAAAACGUGUGUGUGUGUGUGGGCGCGUGUGUGGGCGUGUGUGUGGUUUUCUUUGAACUUGGUCGUAAAAACAUUUGGCUGCAAAUUUGGACUGAUUUCUGAUCUGCAUGUGAGAGCCUACUUGUAAAUAAUAUAAUUUAUAAUACAUACUUUUUCCCCCCCUGAAAUGCAUACAAACUACUGAUUAAAUCACUUUAAUUUCUUUGAUUUUAACACGUUUGGGUUCCUCAAGAUGAAGAAAGGUCAAGCAAUGAAAGAAUGUCACUUUGGGUUUUGUUAAUGGAGGUGAAUUUGGUGAAUGAGCAGAAUCUUGUCACUCUGUUCUUAACCUGUUAAAUUCACAAAAAGCAUAAAUUGCAGCUAUGUAUGAUUUUCAAUCUGUGUGUAACCCCAACAUGAUGAUGUUUUCUUCAUUUGAUGGGAAGGUGACCGUUGAAUUGAACUUUGCAUUCCAGUUUGACGUUGGGAACGGUAUCAGUUAGUGUCUUCAAGCUGUGAGUGAAUGUCAGAAUGAAAACAUGAACUGUGUUGAUGAUUAAAGAUGAAAGGCUGUAUACUAUUAAAUGGGUUAUUUUCAACUUUUGCUGUGUAUAAUUGUCUUUGGGUUGGAGAAUAUGAUCAAGAUAAUAAAAAUGUCAAAUAAAUGCAGCGCAUUAUGGUGAUUUAU